CGAUUCAUGUUUUUGUACGGAUUUCCUAAGAAUUGAAUGCAAUCUCACUCUCAAUAGAGUCUCCACACCAGUGAUAGUGAGUUAGCGUCUCAACAAAUGUUGUGCCGUUUUGUUUCACUACUCAAUGAGACGAGAAAUGAUCGCUUAUUAUGUAUUUGUUUGAUUCAAUUGAAUGCUAUAUUUAAUCAUUUCAUGACAUAUACACAGUAACGCCAUAAACACUGAUUAUUUACGACAUUAUGAUUAUGUGACUAUCAUUUGUACACUAAUUGCUAGUUAUAUACAAAUUAUUGUUUCGUUUUAUUUACCCAUUUGUGUGCGAAAUAUAUGCCAAACACUACUCGCAGGCCAUUGAAUAUCAUUAGUGAACACAAAAGUAUUGGCCAUUCAUUUGAUGCAUUCAUUUGGCUAUUGAGUCCGAAGUACUUGUGUUGACACAUACCUCCCGAGGAAGGGAUCGCUUGUUAUUUAUUUUUGUGACAUUAUAGCCAUUGUAUCAGCGGAUCAGUUGCCGAGUAGAUAGCAGUGUGGGUGCGAUGGAAGCGAUCGCAAAGCAUGACUUCAACGCCACCGCCGAUGACGAGCUUAGCUUCAGGAGAGGCGAAGUGCUUAAGGUGCUCAACAUGGAGGACGACACCAAUUGGUUUAGGGCUGAGUUGGACGGCCGCGAAGGACUCAUUCCCAGCAAUUAUAUCGAAAUGAAAGCUCACGAUUGGUAUUACGGGCGCAUAACGCGAGCGGAUGCCGAGAAACUGUUGCUGAACAAACACGAGGGCGCCUUUCUCAUCAGGGUCAGCGAGAGCUCACCCGGUGACUUCUCACUAUCCGUCAAGUGUGGCGAUGGUGUGCAGCACUUCAAAGUGUUGAGGGAUACGAUCGGGAAGUUCUUCCUAUGGGUCGUGAAGUUUAAUUCGCUGAACGAAUUGGUCGAAUACCACAGAUCGGCGUCUGUGAGCCGUUCCCAAGACAUUAAGCUCAAGGAUAUGCAUCCCGAAGAAGUAAGUGAUGGCUUAGACAUAGUUGCGGAUGCCGAGAAACUGUUGCUGAACAAACACGAGGGCGCCUUUCUCAUCAGGGUCAGCGAGAGCUCACCCGGUGACUUCUCACUAUCCGUCAAGUGCGGCGAUGGUGUGCAGCACUUCAAAGUGUUGAGGGAUACGAUCGGGAAGUUCUUCUUAUGGGUCGUGAAGUUUAAUUCGCUGAACGAAUUGGUCGAAUACCACAGAUCGGCGUCUGUGAGCCGUUCCCAAGACAUUAAGCUCAAGGAUAUGCAUCCCGAAGAAGUAAGUGAUGGCUUAGACAUUGCUGUCGACUCUCAGAUGUUUUUGGUUCAAGCGAUGUAUGACUUCCAACCCCAAGAGCCGGGGGAACUGGAGUUCAAGAGAGGCAACAUAAUUACGGUAAUCGAUCGCUCGGACCAGAACUGGUGGGAGGGGGAGAUCGGCACCAGACGGGGCUACUUCCCGGCCACCUAUGCCCUCCCAUAUCACGCCUAAACACGCCAUCGAAUCGCCGAUUCUUAUGUCAAAUAUUAUUAAAUAUACUUUUGUUUCGUUGAAAUUAUUUUGACCACAUUUGAGAGACAAACGACUCACUGAUUGGAUGAUAAUAUAAGCAAUGAAUCGAUUGUCGUUUGGCUUUUCAUUGAAUUUAUUUUCUGAUAAGUAAUUAAUAAUUAGUUUUUUCAUUAAAUGAAUGCAAAACUGUUUUGACAGCAAAUGACUGUCUGUUUGUCGCAAUCAAUUCAUCUCAAAGUUAUGCCUCAUAUUUGAUGCCAACAGAGAGUCGAACAGUUUUGUGUCCACUUUCUCGCAUCCCAUUCCCUCCCUUUCCCUCUCUCUCCUAAACUAAUGGCAAAAACUAUUUAAUAACAACUGAAUUGUAAACUUGUAAUUAAAGUCUGAAUUGAUUUUCUCUAUAAUUUUAUAGCCAAACAAAUUCUAUUCAUUUCUAUAAUAAUUGAUUUUUUGUUUAUUAGUUUAUAUUUAAUGAUAACAAUAAUUAUGCGAAAAGUUUUUACGAGUUUUAAAAGCGAUUUGAUUUCAUAAACUUUUAUUUUGAA